UAGGGCUCUCAAUAACCCACCCCUGUAUCUCUAGUACAUCUCUCCCUGGCUAGCCAUUAGCUGCUGACAUCCCUCUCUCCCUACAAACUUCAAAGCCACAUUUGUACAUCCUCUAGCUACAAUUUCCCACCCCGUCCCUCCAUUUCCAAACCCCCAAGCUCUCACUUUAGUCAAACAAACUUCAUCGAUCUCUCAAGAACAGCCAAAAAGGACAAUGCUGGACAAGAAGGAAGACAGGACGCGGAUGCUCCCCAAGAGCUCGAGCCAGAAGACGCUCCGUGCCGCCAUGCAGGAGGAGCGGGCCACCAUGGCCAGCCGCCUGCUCUCCAAGGACCCCUCCUCCGUCUCCAACCCCUCCUUCCGCGUCUACUACGGCGUCGCCUCCGCGGGCUCCGUGCCCUUCAUGUGGGAGUCGGCGCCGGGCACGCCCAAGAACUCCAUCUCCGACACCACCCUCCCGCCGCUCACCCCGCCGCCGUCCUACUACAGCAACAAGGGCGCCGCCAAGACCAAGUUCUCCAAGUCCCAAUCCUCCAAGAAGCUCUUGUCUUCCUCCAAGCCGGCGAGCUUCGUCCAGAGCAUCCUCCCCAAGCUGCGCCGGAGCCACACCAUGCCGUCACGGUCACCGUCUGCGGCGGCGCCAACGUCCAAGGAGGGCGCGCAGGUGCAGUGCACCCGGAGCCGGAGCAGGCUGCUGGCGAGCCCGCGCUCGUCCUUCUCGUCGAACUCGAGGGGAGAUGACGAAGAUGACGGCGGCGCGGCGUCGUCGCCGACAUCCACGCUGUGCUUCCGGACGCGGCACUCCGGCGGGGGUACCGGGAGGCUGCACGGGCUGCUGGCGUCAGUGGUCGGAGGGCAAGGUACCACCGCUUCUUGAUUAGGGUUCGCAUCUCCCGGUGUUCUUGAUGACAUUUCUGAUUUCUCAGGGUAGUGUGUGGGUGCUUCUACUAUGUCCGUCUCGGCGUCGUCUUCUACACUUACCUUGAGAAAAAUUACCAGGGGGGCUUUGUCAUUGUACGUUAUAUGACAUGGUAUAUGAACAAUAUGUGUAGCAGUGUUUGUAGUAGGAUGCACUCAAAACAGAUGGUGAUCGAUUUGUUCAUGCUGAAGCCAAAUAAUGUGUCUUAUACAGAUCUGCAUGUCCGCGUCACCGUGUGAGCAGAGAGCUGCUUUGUCUCCAUGCUUUCUCUAUCGCCUUUUAAGAUGUAUACUUCGUAUUCAA